AUAGAAGAGUGGUAGGAAGGGGGGAGGGAAGAGAUAAAAACUAUAAUUGGAGGAGACUUUAAUGUAAGGACGGGUAAAGAGGGAGGGAAGAUUACAGGAAUAGAAGAGGAGGAAGGAGAGAGAAGGAAUUCGAAGGAUGGGAAAAUAAAUAAAGAAGGAAGAGCGUUGAUUAGUUUUAUGGAGGAAAGAGGAUGGAGCAUAUUUAAUGGAAAUUGUAAGGGAGAUGAAGUUGGAGAAUAUACAUUUACGGGAGGGAGAGGGUGUACUGUAAUCGAUUAUGUAAUGGGAGAUAGUGAAGUCAGAGAAAGAAUAGCGGAGAUGAAGAUAGGGGAUAAGAUAGACUCAGAUCAUCAGCCGAUAGAGGUCAUGAUAAAAGGAACAGGGAUGAAGAGAAGGGGAGAGAGAGGUUUGGAAAAAUGUUGGAGAGGAGUAUGGAAUGAGAAGGGAAGAAGGGAAUUUAAGGAAUGUAUAGAUACAAUAGAGAUGAGAGAGAGGGAGAUAAGAGAAGAUUGGAGAGAGAUGGAAGAGAGGUUCAAGGAGGCGAUGGAAACUGCAGAGAGGAAGAUAGUAAGGAGCAGGAAAAAGGGUGAUGAAUGGUGGGACGAAGAAUGUAAGAAGAAAAAGAGAGAGGUAAGAAGAGAAUUAAGAUUGUGGAGGAAAGAGAGAGGAGAUGAGGAGAGGUAUAGAGAAAGGAAGAGGGAAUACAAACAAUUAAUUGAGGAAAAGAAGAAGGAAUUAAGUGAUAAGUGGGAGAAAAAGGCAGUGGAGGUGAGGGGAGAGAAAGAGGUAUGGGAGAUAAUAAACAAGGAUAGGAACAAGAGGAAGAGAGUGAACGAUGGAAAAGUUAUGGAGGAGUGGAAAGAACACUUUAUGAGAUUAUUAGGAGAAGUAGAAGGAAGAGUGGUUAGGGGGAUGGAGGGUAGAGGAGGAGAUGAGGAGGAGGAGAUAAGUAGAAAGGAAGUAACAGAGGUUUUGCAGAAAUUGAAAGAAGGUAAGGCAGUAGGAGAAGAUGGAAUUCCAAAUGAAGCAUGGAAAUAUGGGGGGAGGAAGUAGAGAAUUGGGUAUGGAAUUUUAUUAAUAGAGUAUGGGAAGAAGAAGGAUGGCCGGACGGAUGGAAGGAAGGGGUGAUUGUGCCUAUUAUGAAAAAAGGGGAAGGGAAGAUAGUGGAGGAGUAUAGAGGAGUGACAUUGAUGACAACAAUCUAUAAGAUAUAUGUGAUGGUUUUAGCGAACAGGAUGAUGAAAGAGCUAGAAGAAAAGAAUGUUUUAGCGAGGAAUCAAAUGGGAUUUAGAAAAGGAUUAGGUACACUGGAUAGUAUAUACAGGGUGUUUCCAAAAGGUUUGCUCAAACUUUAACCACAGAUGCUACGUAUCAAAACAAAGCAAAAUGUCCAUAUAAACAUGGGUCCGGAAAUGCUCCCCUUCUGAGAUAACACAAGAUAAAGUCACUUCAUAGGCUUCUUUGGCUCAAUUACUGUAGUAAUGUUGUUUUUUAUUUCGUCGCGGAGAAAACCUGCGCCAGGUUCGAUCCCGGCCUUGGGGGAGCGGGGGAUAUGGGGAUUUUUAUCACUCUAAGAAUCGAGGAGUGACGCCCAGUUGCGCACAGAAUAAAUCGGACACAACAGGUUUAGUGAAUCGAACACGGACCCAAUCGGACACAAUAAGAAACGGACACAGUGAUAAUCGUACACAACGCUAAUCGGACACAAUGCCAAUUGCGCACAGUAGGAAACGGACACACAGUGGUUGCAAUCGGACACAAUAGGAAAUGGACACACGGUGGUUGCAAUCGGACACAGUAGGAAACGGGCACACGAUGGUUGCAAACGGACACAGUAGGAAACGGACACAUGUUCCGUGACAGUUUUCCUAACCUGGAAAUGUUACUUGUAAGGACUUUUCUAUUUCUAUUUCUUUAUAUGGAGUAGCGAUGGUACCAUGCUUACUUUGCGCAUACGUGCGAUAUUUAAUAAAUUUAGAAAGCAUAUGCUGAGAGUAUAUGAAGCGAGGUUCCACGCAAAGCAAA